AUGGACUCUCAAUUGAUGACAACUGCUGUUGUCAAGAUUCAAGAUUUUCGAGGAAAUUUUAUCGUGGCACGUGCUCUGCUUGAUACCUGUUCCAACGUAAAUCUAGUUUCAGAAAAAUUUGCUAAAAAAUUAAAUUUAAUAGAACAUUCUUGCCUCGUUAAAAUAGGAGCAGUUGACCAACUGUGCACUGUUUCAAAGAGUCAAAUUUCAACUACUUUGCAAUCGAGUUAUAACAAAUUUCAAGCUAAUUUACACCUUUUGCUAGUUCCGAAUAUCGCAGAAGCCGUGCCUAACGAAGCUUUUCCUCGCGAUCGUUUUGACAUCCCGAAACAUAUUCAACUCGCCGAUCCUCAGUUUCAUUUGCCUAAACCCAUCGAUCUGCUCCUUGCUUCUAAAACUACUUUGUCCACCUUUGCGGUAGGACAGAUUAAAUUGCGUAACGAGGAAACUCGAUCGGAGAUCAUCCUACAAAAAACUAGGUUUGGAUGGUUAGUAGCUGGAGGUGUAGACCCGCUUACUUCUUCAAAACAAGCUUCAUGUAACAUCGUUAAAGUGGACAAACUUCUCGAACGUUUUUGGCAAAUCGAAGAAUUUCCUAAUGAACCCGUAAGAUCUCGGGAAGAAAUAGCUUGCGAAGAGCAUUACGUCGCUCACACCACUCGUGACCCUGUCUCCGGUCGAUACACGGUUCGCUUACCCUUUAAGGACAACAAGUUUGAGUUAGGUAGUUCUCGAUCACAGGCCCUUCGUCGUUAUUAUUCUCUUGAACGAAGGUUCGAGAAAGAUCCUAAGUUAAAGGCUGACUAUUACAAAGUUAUGGAAGAAUACACCACUUUAGGUCAUAUGACUCCUAAUGACGACACCGAAGACGGCUGUUAUCUGCCUCAUCACGUUGUGGUCAAGGAGUCCAGCGAAACCACGCAGUAUAGGGUUGUUUUCGAUGCUUCCUCUAAAACUUCGACAGGCAUUUCGCUUAAUGAUAUUCUCCUUGUGGGUCCCACUAUUCAAAACACCAUCUUCGAGCAAGUUUUACUUGCUCGAAGAUGGUGUUUUGAAUAG